AAGUAUGCAAUAUUGAAAUUUGUGAGUGUUCGAAGUGCGUGAAACCAACAAUUGAACAUGGAAACUGUUGUGGCUUUCAACAAUGAGCUCUCCGGACUCUAUGACAGCCGACCGCCCAUAUCCAAGGCCAAAAUGGCCGCAAUUACGAAGUCGGCAAUGCGAGCCAUCAAGUUCUAUAAGCAUGUCGUCCAGAGCGUGGAGAAGUUCAUAUUGAAGUGCAAGCCGGAGUACAAGGUGCCGGGCCUGUAUGUUAUCGACUCGAUUGUGCGUCAAUCGCGCCACCAGUACGGGCCCGAGAAGGAUGUAUUCGCCCCCCGCUUCCAGCGAAACCUCACAGAGACCUUUGCCAAUCUCUUCCGCUGUGCUCCCGAAGAUAAGAGCCGCAUCAUUCGCGUCCUCAAUCUCUGGCAGAAGAACAAUGUCUUCAAGUCGGACGUCAUCCAACCCAUCUUCGAUCUGGCCGACCCCAACCACCCCAUUUACCAUCAAAUGCAAAUGCAAAUGCAAAUGGGCGGUGGAGCCGGACCCGGUGGCAAUGUGGGGCCUGGUCCCAGCAGCAGUGGCGCCCUUAGUCUGGCCGAUAUCUCCAGUGGGCCUAAUGGCCUCAACACCUCUGGAUUGAGCAACAUGGACCUGAGCAUGAACAGUGGCGCGGGAGACGACAAAAUGGGCGGGGUGCCCGAUUUAUCGAUGGGUCAUGAGAAAUCCUACGGUGGCGGUGUCAGCAGCAGCAGCUCAAAGCGUCAUCAUUCGGAUCAGCAUUAUAUGAAGCGUCAAUCGGGAUCGUCGAGCAAGUCGCAUCAUCACAAAUAUAGCAAGACCUCGCACGAAAUCGACUACGAUGUGCGCUCGAUCAUGGACGACGAGGAGGACAACAUGCAGCGGAUGAUGGCCGAUGAUCAUCAUCAUCAUCAUGGCCAUCACUGCAUGGGCGACGACUCGCCCCCUACUUCAUCCAAUCUGCUAGACAACAACAAUCUCAAACAACUGCUCAACGAUCCGAAUGUGCUGCGACAGCUGCAGACACUGCAGAAUUUCCAGAAGUUCAAGCAACAGGAGGAAAACCAAAAGAUGCGCUACCAGGACGAUGCCCUCCAACAGCAUUUGCAGAACGUGUUGAAGGGCACUGCUGGCAUGCCCCCUGGGAUGGGAAUGGGCAUGGGCAUGAACCUCAACCACAGUGACGGGCAGGACAUGAACAAGGACGUGGAGUUCAUAUCGGAGCAGCAGUCGAUUGAGGUGAUCAAUCUGGAUGGGGCCGAUUCGCGGAGUCCAACGCCCGACCGGGAGAGGUACAAGCGGAGCCGGAGGAACAGCAGCCGCAGUCGUUCUCGCUCACCACGUGGACGAGGUGCUGGAGGCGGCGGUGGCGGCGGCGGGGGUGGAGGCGGCAAUGGCAACGAUCGACGUCGUCGCGGAUCCCGAUCGCGCAGUCGUUCACCUCGUUCCAGUAGACGCCGAGGAUCGCGGGACCGCGAGCGCAUGGAACGCAACAAUCGGGACAAGGAGCGUGACCGGGAGCAUGAGCGUGAGCGCCGCAAGAAGGGGCUGCCUGAUAUUAAAAAGGAUCACCUCAGUGUAUGCAGCACCACCUUGUGGGUGGGCCAUCUGUCCAAGCUGGUCUACCAGGAGGAGCUGUCCGACACCUUUGGGGAGUACGGCGACAUAGUAAGCAUCGAUCAGAUUGUGCCACGCGGAUGCGCAUUCAUAGUGAUGAAUCGUCGCCAGGAUGCGCACAAGGCCAUGCAAUCGCUGAAGAAUCACAAGCUCCAGGGACGGGCCAUAACCAUCUCCUGGGCCGCCGGCAAGGGGGUGAAGAGCAAGGAGUGGAAGGACUUUUGGGACCUGGAGCUGGGCGUUACGUACAUACCCUGGAGCAAGCUGAGUCCGGAGACGGAUCUCGACACCCUCGAGGAGGGCGGCAUGUUCGACGAGGACACCAUGCCCAGCUGGAUUAAGCAGAAGAUCAAUCAGGCCAAAAAUGUCGGCAAGGAGAAGAACACGGCGUCAACUCCAGAGACCGCUACGGCAUCCGUUCCUGGCCCACCGCCAGGACUAAUGUUCGGCAUCGAUACAACACAGCCGCCUCCAGUGGGACCCGUGGGUCCAGUGGGUCCACCCCCACCGCUCGGCCCCGGCGCACAACCUCCACCCGGACUCAUGGGCAUGGUGAGAGGCCAGUACCCCAUGGCUCCCCCCAUGGGGAUAGGCAUGCCGCCUCCGAUGAUGAUGCCACCGACAAAUAUGCCGCCACCGAUGAUGAUGCCGACGACAACCAUGCCUCCACCAAUGAUGAUGCCACCGGGCAUGAUGCCGCCCGGUUUUCCAGGAAUGGGUGGACCCCCUCAUCCUAUGGGUAUGCCUCACGGAGGGCCAUUUCCGCCGCCCGGAGCAGUGCCACCUCCUAUGGCCGGAAGCGCCCCACCCGCGGGCAACAGUGGUAAUAUAAGCGACGAUCAAAUGGACAUUGAAAUGGAUCUAGAGGAUGCCCCGCCCCCGAUGCCACCACAGCAACAGCAGCAGCAGGCCAGCUUCAAUCCGCCUAUGGCCAAUCCCAACAAUGUGGAGGCAGUGGUGGCUGCCGCUGCCAACGAGAUGUUCCAGAGGGAACGGGAGCGUUCCCGCGGCCCAGGCGGCGGCGGCGGCUCACGUUGGGGCGGACGCGAUGACGUGGCAGAAGCUGCCGAACGCUGGAGAGCCGAAAACGGCGGUGGACCGGGGGGAGCUGGUCCUGGACCUGGGGCUGGACCAAAUGUCGCAUUCAAUGAGGCGCGAGCUCGACUCAACCUGAAUCCACUUGAGCAUGGAAUGCAGAGGCCAGACUUUAUGGGCGCGGACUUUGAUAAUCGCGGUGGACCGGGUCCUCGUGGAAUGGGGCCACGCAGUGGGAACCUAAAUGGAGGCGGAGGACCGGGUGGACCAGGAGGAGACUUCUUCCCGCCCAACAUGAACAACAGCCGAUUCAAUCAGCCCACCAGCCUGAUGCAAAUGCGUAUACCGCCGCCGGCGGCCUUUAAUCAGCGUAUGGGUGGACCCCCUAACAAUGCUGGCAAUGGCGGUGCCGUGGGACCAAUGUUCAUGCGCAACCAGGGCGGCAAUGGCGGUGGUGCCGGCGGACCUGGUGGACCCGGUGGACGACAACAGGGACAGGGACCAGGCUUCUUCAAUCCCCGGAAUCCCUUCAAUGAUAAUCAACGCGGACGUGGAGGCCCUGGUGUGAAUGCGAGGAAUGCCACAACCGGAGGCGGCGGGCGAGGACGCUGGAGCGACGAUGAGGAUGAAGUCGGCAACAAUUUCAACAAGCGUCGUGCCGGUCCUGGAGGUCCUGGCGGUAAUCGCUUCCGUGGAGAUCGAGAGGGCGACAUUCCCGACGAUCGCCGUGGCAACAACGCGCGUGGCGGGCGCGGACCAAGAGAAGAACGUGACCGUCCAGGUUUUGGAAAUAGACGCGGCUCGCGAGAUGACAGUAGUCGACAUUCAAUGAGUUCCACGGAUGAAGGAAACAGCAAAUCCAUAUCGGAAACGGAUUCCAGGGAAAAGAAUCAGGAGACGCCGCUGUCCAGCACUAAUACGCUUUCAGUGCCAACACCAGCCCAAGCAUCAGCUCCAGCCCCAGCAACUGCUGAGACGGCGGACACCGAGGAGGACUGGGACCGUGAGCUGCAGGACUAUGAAGCGAGAAUGGAGGCAGAGCAAGCAGCUAAGGCCGAGCGAGAUGUACCAGAUGUUACUCCAGUUGGUGCAGAGCAAAGAGCGGCCUCUGGGUCGCCGGUGGAGAAUUUCGCAAGACCAGCGGAAGUGGCGAACGAUUUUCCGGCACUAAAACAAUCAGAUGCUUCACCCGCCUGCACGCCCCUCUACGAUGAGCUGCCACCACCCUCAGCCCCAACCCCAGCCCUAGCUCCCGCUGAGCCAGAAAGCAGAGUAGAAGUACCUGCAGAAGCAGAAGCCGAAGCAGCUCCUCCACAGAAACCUGAAUUUAUUCGCACAGAGGCUGUGCCCAAAGACGAAUCCCCUUCAACUCCUGCUCCAGCUCUGGAAAUACAAGAUGAAGCUCCAAAAAUGGAUGCUACACAGUCAGAAGCUCCAUUAUCGGAGGAGUCAUCCAAUCCAGCGGUGACUGUCGAGGCUGAAGCAUAGAAGACAGAUUAGAUCAGCAGAAUCAAAUUGCAUCUUUGUGGUGAAUUCUGAUUGAAUUCCCAUCAGGAAAAGUGUAAUUCAUGAUUUUCCUUACCCAGUAACUUAUACAUGUGUAAAAUCCAAACAUACGAACCUAUUUAAAUCUUUUCAACCUGAGAUUUCGUGGCAUUUCACGUACUUUAAGCUGAGUACCAGCAACGCAACCAAAAUUUUUGAAUGAAUUACUCUACUCGUAAAAUACAAUAGGAACGCAAGGACCGGAGGGACUACGUGUUCGUGUACGCAUUCAUACACGGAUAUAGAAAAUACUUAGCAAAAGCAAGAGAAUGUGAGAGUUUGGAGGGAAAUUGACAAAGCAACGCAGAAGCGGAAAGAAAAUCGGCAAUCGCAGAACUUGAAGUGUUUAUAAUUUUGUUAUGUAUUUAGUUUUAAGGGUCUAUUUAA